CGUGCGUGCAGCACGUUUCCUCUCGCCCACCCCGCCCUUUUUGGUCACUCAGAGGCGCGCAGCGGGCGCACGGCGAUUGGCUCCCUCGGUGGCGGCGCCACAGGACCCGCGAACUGCGUGAGCGGAGUGGGCCCUUAAGGAUCCCGUGGCUCCACAGAUUUUGUAGAUGGCGGAGUAGCAAAGCGGUACUGUUGGUGUUCAGGCUCCCUGCUGACUUCUGUUCCAGUGUUGGUGGCUGCAGCAGCAGCAACAGCAGCAGCAGCGACAGCAGCAGCAGGAGCAGCGGAGGCAGCUGGAGCAGCAGCGGAGGCAGCUGGAGCAGCAGCAGCAGCAGAGGCAGUGGUGGUGACUACUGAGCACUGAGCACGUUUGGUUAGUUGCCCAAGAUGCCAAAUAUCAAAAUCUUCAGUGGGAGCUCCCACCAGGACUUAUCCCAGAAAAUAGCUGACCGCCUAGGCCUGGAGCUGGGCAAGGUGGUGACUAAGAAAUUCAGCAAUCAGGAGACCUGUGUGGAAAUUGGGGAAAGUGUUCGUGGAGAGGAUGUCUACAUUGUUCAGAGUGGGUGUGGUGAGAUAAAUGACAAUCUAAUGGAGCUUUUGAUCAUGAUUAAUGCUUGCAAGAUUGCUUCAGCCAGCCGGGUUACUGCGGUCAUCCCAUGCUUCCCUUAUGCCCGGCAGGAUAAGAAGGAUAAAAGCCGGGCUCCCAUCUCAGCAAAGCUUGUUGCAAAUAUGCUAUCUGUAGCAGGUGCUGAUCAUAUUAUCACCAUGGAUCUACAUGCAUCUCAGAUUCAGGGUUUCUUUGAUAUCCCAGUGGACAAUUUAUAUGCAGAGCCAGCUGUCCUAAAGUGGAUACGGGAGAACAUAUCUGAGUGGAAAAACUGUACUAUUGUCUCACCUGACGCUGGUGGAGCCAAGAGAGUGACCUCCAUUGCAGACCGACUGAAUGUGGAUUUUGCUUUGAUUCACAAGGAACGGAAGAAGGCCAAUGAAGUGGACCGCAUGGUUCUGGUAGGAGAUGUGAAGGAUCGUGUGGCUAUACUUGUGGAUGACAUGGCUGACACUUGUGGUACAAUCUGUCAUGCUGCUGACAAACUUCUCUCAGCUGGAGCUACCAGAGUUUAUGCUAUCUUGACGCACGGAAUCUUUUCUGGCCCAGCCAUUUCUCGCAUCAACAAUGCAUGCUUCGAAGCAGUAGUAGUUACCAAUACCAUACCUCAGGAGGAUAAGAUGAAACACUGCUCCAAAAUCCAGGUGAUUGACAUCUCUAUGAUCCUUGCAGAAGCCAUCAGGAGAACCCACAACGGAGAAUCUGUCUCCUACCUGUUCAGCCAUGUUCCUCUAUAAUAUAAUAACUUCUGAAACAUUUUGAAAAUAAAAUCACCCCCACCCCUUGUUUUUCUUAGUAUUGAGUUCAGCAGAAGACCCACCUUGCUUUAGCAUAGUUUUUUACACCCCAUAUUAGCUACAUUAGCAUUUAUCCUACAUUGGAGAUAGGCGGAUUGCUAUUGACUGCUAGUAUGCUCUACCUGCAUUGUUGUAUCCUGGCUUUUUUUUUUACUUUGUGAGCCUUGAAGCUUUAAGUUAAGCUCAGCUGUGUAGACUGUUAAGAGAAUAUUCCAGGGGUUGGGGAUUUAGCUCAGUGGUAGAGCGCUUGCCUAGGAAGCGCAAGGCCCUGGGUUCGGUCCCCAGCUCCAAAAAAAAAGAACCCCCCCCCCCCAAAAAAAAAAAAAAAAAAAAAAAA